AAAGGCGACUCAAAGUUACGCAAUCGCGGCGACAAACGGGGAAAAAGAGCGCCACGAUCUUUCGGCGUAUCGUUUAUUUUUUUCUCUCGCGUGUUUCUUUGCGCGCGGGACCAAUUCCGUCAGAAUUUCCUUGUUACAAGAGAGUCGCAGUCGAGAUUUGACUUCUUUGAAUCGCGCGAUCCACGUGAGUGUGCGUCGAUAGUGUGCGUCACACACGAAGCGAAGGCAGUAAUAUCAGAGAGGGAAAAAAUAAAAAAAGAAACCAGUGUCGCACUUGCAGUUGUCUACGGUGGACGAUCGUCUGAAGCUAAACCUUCAGUAAGGAAUCAUCGGUAAAAAGGUAGCAAUCACCUACGUACGCACGAUGAGUCGAGUGGUUGCAUUACUGCUGGUAGCAGCUGUGUCUGCGGUUACAGCCGAGGAGUUGAUAGCGGUUGUUCGUCUGACGCCGCACAAUGUUCACGUAAAGAACGUCACGGGUACCUUGAAGAUCGUCCAAUCCGUCGCUGACGGACCCGUCAGCAUCACCGGCACGAUUCACGGACUCCCGGAAGGACCUCACGGCUUUCACGUGCACGAAAAGGGAGAUUUGAGCGAAGGUUGUACGUCAGCGGGGGCGCAUUUCAAUCCUGAAAACGUCACGCACGGCGCACCGGAAGACACUGUCAGACACGUCGGCGACUUGGGAAAUAUUCAGGCCAAUUCCAACGGAGAAGCGACAAUAAACAUAACCGACAAAAUUAUUUCGCUGAGCGGAAAGAACAAUAUUCUAGGACGAUCGUUCGUUGUUCAUUCUAACGAGGAUGAUCUUGGCAAAGGCAACCACACUCUCUCAUCGACAACCGGAAAUGCUGGGGAUCGUUUGGCCUGCGGUGUUGUUGGCAUCCAGUCGCCGACAGAGAGCUGGAAUUCCGGAAUGCUUGUCACUCCGAAUGUGUUGACCAUCGUAAUAUUCCUCCUUGCCGUUGCUUAUCACCAAAUUAAAUUCUAAUUCGAGUUUGCGAGAACUCGAAAUUACACGCAUCGUAUCCAAAGAGAAACAAAUCGCAUCGAAAAAAAAAAAA